GCAGUCUCCUUCCCUUCCCUUCCCUUCCCUUGUGCGAGUUUUGACGGCGAAGGACUAGCCAACCCCAACACGGCGACGACGCGACACCUAAAACGAAUCACCCCUUCGGCCCUUCCUUCGCCUCCCCCCCGCAACCUCAAUUCCGCUCCUCGACCAGCGAUCUAAACUGAUGCUUUCUUGAUGGAUGAUGGCUGUCCCGAUGGAUAAAGCUACUGCUUCCUUGUCACCGAGGGAGCUUGCACAGCGUCUUUUAAAGAAGAAUGCUGAACAUGAUAGCCGUCUUCGAAGGGCAGCUCAGUCAAAAAUCCCAUCAGAUCCCAGCAUAUGGCUUCAGAUGCGUGAGAACUAUGAAAAGAUAAUCCUUGCAGAUCCAGAAUUUUCUGAAAAUCACGAGAUAGAGUAUCACCUGUGGCAGUUGCACUACAAAAGAAUUGAGGAAUUCCGUGGUCACAUUAACUCUGCUGCAGCCUCCAGUUCGGCUGCAGUGCAGGGUGGGAAGAACAAUGUCAACCCUGAUCGAGUCAAGAGGAUCAAAUCUACUUUUAGGAGUUUCCUGUCGGAAGCCACUGGUUUCUAUCAUGACUUGAUGCUGAAAAUCCGGUCGAAUCAUGGUCUUCCGUUAGGCUACUUCCCUGAGGGCCUUGAUACUUCGGUAGUUCCUGGAAAAGACAAGAAGAAAAUAAUUGACAUGAAGAAAGGCCUAAUGUCAUGCUAUCGCUGUCUGAUAUAUUUAGGCGAUCUUGCCCGUUACAAGGGUCUGUAUGGAGAUGCUGAUUCCGCGAGCCGUGAAUAUUCUGCAGCUUCAAGUUACUACAAAGAGGCAGCUUCACUGUGCCCUUCUAAUGGAAACCCACAUCAUCAGCUUGCAAUAUUAGCAUCCUACUCUGGUGAUGAGGUAACGGCUAUCUAUAGGUACUUCCGUAGCCUAGCGAUGGAUAGUCCCUUCUCUACAGCGAGGGAAAACUUGAUUAUCGCAUUUGAGAAGAAUCGUCAAAGCUAUGCUCAGCUACAUAGUAAGAAUAAGGUUGCGGCUGCUAGGGCAUUACCCUCCAGAUCAGUUGGAAGGGGCAGAGGAAGGGCUGAUACAAGAAUUCAGCCAAAAGGUGCUAAUACAGAAGUAACUUCGAAGGAGCAAGAAUACAGCAUUCCGGACAUACUUCAAUCUUUCUUUGUUCGGUUUGUUCGCCUCAAUGGGAUACUUUUCACAAAGACAAGCCUGGAAACUUUUGGGGAGCUCUCUGCUACAGUUGCCAGUGAUUUACAGAUUCUUCUUUCAUCUGGUCCUGUCGAGGAGCUCAAUUUUGGUUCGGAUGCUGUUGAAAAUGCACUAUCUUUUGUAAAGCUUAUUGCUAUCCUUGUUUUUACGGUGUACAAUGUGAACAAAGACUCAGAGAACCCAUCAUAUGCGGAAACUGCAAAACGGAGAGUGCUACUUCAAAAUGCUUAUUCAACUACCUUUGAGUUUGUUGGAUACCUUCUGAAAAGGUGCUUAGAGCUUCAUGAUGUUUCCUCGAGUACUUACCUGCCAGCCAUUCUGGUCUUCAUUGAAUGGCUGGCAUGCCAUCCAGAUUAUGUUUCUAGUUCUGAGAUGGAGCAAAAGCAGGCUGAUGCAAGAACUUUCUUCUGGAAUCAGUGCGUGGCUUUUAUGAAUAAGCUCAUUUUGACAGGUCUUGCACGUGUUGACGGUGAUGAUGAUGAGACAUGCUUUUCUGAUAUGUGCACAUACGAGGAGGGUGAGACUGGCAACAGGAUUGCAUUGUGGGAGGAUGUUGAGUUGAGAGGAUUUUUGCCGUUGGCACCUGCACAAGUUAUCUUGGAUUUCUCAAACAAGCACGCAUCUGGAGCUGAUGGAAGCACCAAGGAGAAACAGGCACGUGUACAAAGGAUUCUUGCUGCAGGGAAAGCAUUGAUGAGUUUUGUUCAAAUUGAUCAACUGCGAAUAUACUUUGAGCCAACUUCAAAAAAGUUCCUUAUGUCUACUGAACCACCUGUUUCUAAAGCUCCUCUUGCUCAAUCUGGAUCCAGUCAUGCAGAUGAAACAAAUCCUACUGAAUAUGAACAUCAAGUCACAAGUAAUGUUGGUUCAGUUGCAGAAAAACUCGAUGUAGUUCAGACAAAGGCUCAACUGUGUGCUGAAGGAGAUGAUGAUGAAGAAAUUGUGUUUAAGCCUCCAGUUUCUGAAAAACCUCUCAGAGGUCCUUCAGAACUAGGAACUAAUGAAUUCAUACAGCCAGUACAGACAUCUGAUGCUAAUUGGUUAAAUAAUGGUACUCCAGUAUCUCUUCAAAGCACCACAUCUGCUUCAACUGCCAGUACAUAUGUUCAGUCUCUCCCAAUGUCUUCUAUUGGUUGGGCUGUGAAUGGUGGGCCACAGUUGAUUCCUAGCGUUGCUCCAAGAUCAAGUCAGCCUUUCAAUAUGUCUGAUCCCACCUGGGUAAGCACAGGUGCACCACUUGUUGCCCCUCAGAGUGCAGUCCCGAUGCCAAGCUUUCCCAGCAUCGUUCCAGAUCAUUAUACACCUGCAUCAUCAGUUCCUAGUUUCAGCAGCCUAGAUAAUCCACAUAUGCUCCCUCAAAAUUCAUUCUUAUUGAGUGCUUUAAAGAAUGUUAACAUCGGUGCAAAUGGGUUUUUGGAUCAUAGAGUAAAUGGUGGCCUGAACGGAUUACAGUACAUGGGAAAUGUUCCACAUGUAUCUGCUGGUGUUCCUUGGAAUGGCCCAAUUCCAAAUCUUAACCAGUUCAAGUCUACUGAAGUUACUAUCCCGUCAGCUUUUGAUUCAGUUUUGCCAUCAGUAGCAUCUAUGGAUGGCACAACAACAAAGUUCAUGGACACACAGGUGGCUAUAUCAAGGAAAAGUCCUGUCAGUCGUCCCGGAAGACAUGUUGGCCCCCCUCCAGGAUUUAACAAUGUUCCCUCAAAGCGACGAGACGAUUUCAUUUCAGUUGGGAAUGGUCAUCAUGUACAGGCUGAUGAUAUCUGGUUAAAUGGCUACCGUCCAUCACUGGAUCUUGUUAACAAUCAGCGGCAUGCACAUUCAAAUGUUACAACUAGCAACAGUGCAUUGACCACACCCUUCCCCUUUCCUGGGAAACAAGCUUUUGGCAUGUAUGCUGGACAGACCAACGAGAAGCAAUGGCAUGAUUUCCAACUUUUUGAAUCCACAAAACAACUUCCAGAACAUAGCUUUCCGCAAGGACAUCAGAAUAAUGGUCCAUUGGCAGAAUCACAACCAGCACAAUCCAUAUGGUCUGGCCGUUACCCUGUGUGACUCUAGCUUGUACCAUGAUAAUUACUGGAGUUGGCAGAGUUGCCGUGAAGAGAACAUGUUGGAGGAAAUGACAGAGAUUGACACUUGAAUUUGGCCCUGAUAAGUGCAGCACUUUCAUGUUAUGUUUCUUUUGGUGGAUGGUUGUCUUGGAAGCAUAUCAAGUGCUGACCUUAGAAUUUGGGUUUGGCAGGUCUUCUGGGCUAGAGCAGGAGUGGGAAAGAUGUUCUGUUCUGGUCUCAUGAUAAUGAUUUGUACGAAAAGAUCCACAACUGCUCAGACUGAAGGUUUGACCUAAUGAACUUGAAAUCUGGAUUCCGGGCAAUCGGAUAUGCAUCAUAGUAGUCAUUUCAAAUUAGAGUCAGACUUUCCGAGAGAGAGAGUCGAUGGAUCUGGUGCUGGAGUGGAAGCUGAGGCCUCCGUGAAUGAUUUGGACGCGGUGCUUGUUUGGGUGACAUCAUAUGAAUCAGAGUUGCGUGGUAUGAAUAAAGUUUGGAAGCAAACUGCUUCAUGUUUGUCGAAGUCUGUUUUGUCGAAUGAUACUGUUACGUGGCACUUUUACUAUACUUUUGUUAAGUACACUGUUCUUCGUUACUGGCAUGUCAUUAUUUGCUAAUGUUGGAGUUGAACGUGUGUGCGGGUGAUACUAAUACUCUGCUGUAUGAAUUGAUAUUUUAAACCGUGUCAAGUGUAUGAAACAUAAUUGUAACUCCUAAUCCCAUUUGGGGAAUCAUUCUGGUUUGGCUCUGAGAACGUAAUGUUUCUCCA